UGAAUACACCCACAGACUCGCUAUAGGAAAAUGAUGCAUUCAAAACAACUGGGAACUCGGAAAGAUACGAAUUUAUAUAUCGUCGUUAGGUCGGAAAGUCGGAGCUCUAGAAAGAGGCCCGAGUUCUCGAGUUGGAUGACUGUUCAAAUACAUUUCCCCCCUCGGGCCUCAUUUAUUUUCCGAGUUCCCAGUUGUUUUGAACACAUUGAUGUCGGAGCUUUCCGACUACCUAGUUACGAGUUUCCAGUUGUUGUCAACGCGGCAAAACUCACACUCUGGUCACGUGAGCCGCGCGGUGACGUACUCAUGAGCUAAAAAAUGUGCUAAUGCUCUUCCAGUUCAAAGUUCGAUUGUUUUGUCCUUUCGUAGAAUCUGUUUCCUGUUUAUUAUUUUCAUGGAAAGUCCUCUGUCACACCACGUAUGUAGUAAUUAUCAUAGUACAUGUCUACGAUUGCAGCGUGUGUGACGUAAGGCGGAAGCUCAAAGAAUCAAAUGGUUAAUGUCAGCUAAGCUGAGCAUACUGGUUACCCAGAGCAAACUGGCUACAUCGGGCUCUAAAAAAGAGCGAUCAGUGAGUGAACUAACUCUAUAUUGUGCUACAUUGAACCUAAACCCAUAGUCAUCAUGGAUACUCUCUACACGUAUAGAUUACUACCACCCACAUAUACCAACACGAAGGACCCUGAAUACAGUUAUAGACUAGUGAAGCUCGAACUUGUAGACUGCUGGCAAACUCCAGACCUGAACAUCAUCAUCAAACAAGAAGAGGAGGAGGAAGAGGAUAUCUCUCUGCAAGUUGAAGAAGAAGAAGAGGAGGAGGAAGAGGAUAUCUCUCUACAUGUUAAAGAAGAAGAGGAGGAAGAGGAAGAGGAUAUCUUUCUACAAGUUAAAGAAGAGGAGGAGGAAGAGGAUAUCUCUCUACAAGUUAAAGAAGAGGAGGAGGAAGAGGAUAUCUCUCUGCAAGUUAAAGAAGAAGAGGAAGAUCACACUUUCAUGGUCAAAGUAGAGGAAGAAGAGAAGGACAAAGCUCUUGUAGUUAAAGAAGAAGAAGAGGAGGUUGGUUUUACGGUCAAAAAAGAAGAAGAGGCUAUAGAGGUUUUUAUUUUUUCUGACGGAAACUGCAACCAGUGGCCUGUCAGUGGGAAAAGUCCCUCCGUAUCAGAAGAACAACAACAACAACAAAAACAGACGCGACCAAAGAAACAGCCAAAAGAGACCCAGGAACCCCACCACUCCCCUCUGUACUGCCCCGACUGUGGGAGGAGUUUUGUCAGCCCUGGGAUACUGAACGCGCACCGCAGAAUCCACCAGCCCAGAAUAAUCCACACCACCACCACCACCGGUGAGCCGUCUCACUACUGCCAUGACUGCGGCAAGACCUUCGACACCGCCCGCUACCUCAAAAAGCACCUCUUGGUUCACACAGCAGAGAGGACGCACCACUGUUCCCAGUGCGACCGGAGCUUCCUGAGACUCCAGCACCUCAAAGAGCACCAGAGAACCCACAGCGGAGAGAAGCCUCACUACUGCUCCGCGUGUGGGAAGGGCUUCACCAAGGUCCGACUGCUCCGGACACACCAGCGGCUGCAUGCCGUGGAGGGGGCCGACGUCGUCCGGGAUGGGGCGGAGACGGGGAUGAAGGAAGGUAGUGGGGUGGUGAUGUCAGCGAUGGGGCGGAAGAGAGCGCUGAGAGUUCUGGCCGGAGUGGACUACUACUACUGCUCUGAGUGUGGGAAGAGCUUCUCCAGUGCGGCCUAUCUUAAGGUGCAUCAGAAGGCUCACACAGGAGACAAACCAUACCAGUGUGCUCACUGUAAGAAAUCAUUCAGCACGUCGUGGGGUUUAAAGGUUCACCGGCAGAAUCGCUCUGGAGAGAAGCCCUACCAGUGCGCCGACUGUGGGAAGAGGUUCUCGGACCUGCGCAGCCACAAAGCCCACCGGAGCACCCACACUGGAGAGAAACCAUACACAUGCCCCGUCUGUGGAAAAGGCUUUGCCUGGCUAAAGAGCCUACAGAAACACCAGGCCACACACAGCAGCAGUGAUGGUGGAGUCAUAGAAGUACAUAUAGAAUAAUGUAGGAUAUCCUGGAGGGUUUCACUCCAACCCCAAUCUAGCAGGGUAGUUACAACUACGGGACAGGAGGGUAGCUCUCCAGGAAUACCUCUUUCACCUCUUUCAGGAAUACCUAGGAUAGGAUAAAGUAAUCCUUCUCACCCCCCCCUUAAAAGAUUUAGAUGCACUAUUGUAAAGUGGCUGUGCCACUGGAUGUCUUAAGGUGAACGCACCAAUUUGUAAGUCGCUCUGGAUAAGAGCGUCUGCUAAAUGACUUAAAUGUAAAUGUAAAUGUAGGAACAGGGUUGGGUUAUAGGAGGGUAGCUCUCCAGGAACAGGGUUGGGUUACAGGAGGGUAGCUCUCCAGGAACAGGGUUGGGUUAUAAGAGGGUAGCUCUCCAGGAACAGGGUUGGGUUAUAGGAAGGUAGCUCUCCAGGAACAGGGUUGGGUUAUAGGAGGGUAGCUCUCCAGGAACAGGGUUGGGUUAUAGGAGGGUAGCUCUCCAGGAACAGGGUUGGGUUAUAGGAGGGUAGCUCUCCAGGAACAGGGUUGGGUUAAAGGAGGGUAGCUCUCCAGGAACAGGGUUGGGUUAUAGGAAGGUAGCUCUCCAGGAACAGGGUUGGGUUAUAGGAGGGUAGCUCUCCAGGAACAGGGUUGGGUUAUAGGAGGGUAGCUCUCCAGGAACAGGGUUGGGUUAUAGGAGGGUAGCUCUCCAGGAACAGGGUUGGGUUAUAGGAGGGUAGCUCUCCAGGAACAGGGUUGGGUUAUAGGAGGGUAGCUCUCCAUGAACAGGGUUGGGUUACAGGAGGGUAGCUCUCCAGGAACAGGGUUGGGUUAUAGGAAGGUAGCUCUCCAGGAACAGGGUUGGGUUAUAGGAGGGUAGCUCUCCAGGAACAGGGUUGGGUUACAGGAGGGUAGCUCUCCAGGAACAGGGUUGGGUUAUAGGAGGGUAGCUCUCCAUGAACAGGGUUGGGUUACAGGAGGGUAGCUCUCCAGGAACAGGGUUGGGUUAUAGGAAGGUAGCUCUCCAGGAACAGGGUUGGGUUAUAGGAGGGUAGCUCUCCAGGAACAGGGUUGGGUUACAGGAGGGUAGCUCUCCAGGAACAGGGUUGGGUUAUAGGAGGGUAGCUCUUUUAAUCCAGUUUGAUUAAAAGCUUGAAAUAAAAGUACAAAUCCAGGUCAAAACACAGGGCCCUAAUUAUAGAAACACAACGUCAUGCUCUCUAAUUAUAGAAACACAACGAAACACAACGUCAUGCUCUCUAAUUAUAGAAACACAACGAAACACAACGUCAUGCUCUCUAAUUAUAGAAACACAACGUCAUGCUCUCACGUCAUGCUCUCUAAUUAUAGAAACACAACGAAACACAACGUCAUGCUCUCUAAUUAUAGAAACACAACGUCAUGCUCUCUAAUUAUAGAAACACAACGUCAUGCUCUCUAAUUAUAGAAACACAACGAAACACAACGUCAUGCUCUCUAAUUAUAGAAACACAACGAAACACAACGUCAUGCUCUCUAAUUAUAGAAACACAACGAAACACAACGUCAUGCUCUCUAAUUAUAGAAACACAACGUCACGCUCUCUAAUUAUAGAAACACAACGUCAUGCUCUCUAAUUAUAGAAACACAACGUCAUGCUCUCUAAUUAUAGAAACACAACGUCAUGCUCUCUAAUUAUAGAAACACAACGUCAUGGUCUCUAAUUAUAGAAACACAACGUCAUGCUCUCUAAUUAUAGAAACACAACGUCAUGGUCUCUAAUUAUAGAAAUACAACGUCACGCUCUCUAAUUAUAGAAACACAACGUCACGCUCUCUAAUUAUAGAAACACAACGUCAUGGUCUCUAAUUAUAGAAACACAACGUCACGCUCUCUAAUUAUAGAAACACAACGUCAUGCUCUCUAAUUAUAGAAACACAACGUCAUGCUCUCUAAUUAUAGAAACACAACGUCAUGGUCUCUAAUUAUAGAAACACAACGUCACGCUCUCUAAUUAUAGAAACACAACGUCAUGCUCUCUAAUUAUAGAAACACAACGAAACACAACGUCAUGCUCUCUAAUUAUAGAAACACCACGUCAUGCUCUCUAAUUAUAGAAACACAACGUCAUGGUCUCUAAUUAUAGAAACACAACGUCACGCUCUCUAAUUAUAGAAACACAACGUCAUGCUCUCUAAUUAUAGAAACACAACAAAACACAACGUCAUGCUCUCUAAUUAUAGAAACACAACGUCAUGCUCUCUAAUUAUAGAAACACAACGUCAUGGUCUCUCUUGGAUGAGGGAAUGUUGUGCCAGAAGGACAUUAAAAUGUCACAUAACACCGGCUGGUAAAGCUCUCUCUUGGAUGAGGGAAUGUUGUGUCAGAAGGACAUUAAAAUGUCACAUAACACCGGCUGGUAAAGCUCUCUCUUGGAUGAGGGAAUGUUGUGUCAGAAGGACAUUAAAAUGUCACAUAACACCGGCUGGUAAAGCUCUCUCUUGGAUGAGGGAAUGUUGUUGUGUCAGAAGGACUGUUUUAAUGACAUCAAAAUGUCACAUUAGUAUGUGACUUGUAAUUAUAUAUUUUAGAUGUUUAUAUUCAUACGCCAAAUGUCGUUUGUAAGCCUAGUUUUUUGUUCUCUCAAAGUGUUCUUUGGAUGGAUUGUGCAACAUGUGAUGAGGGUAUCUUUUUUUUUUUUUUUUUUUUUUUCGACAGCAAAAUGUGCUCACUAUAACAUGAAGUGUAUGGAGCAAUGUUUGGUUUGGAUCUGAAAUGAAUGGAUGAUGAAAAUAAACAUGGUCAGUUGUUGCACUCCGA